AUGACCGCACCUAGAGUCGCAUGGAUCGGCCUCGGCAACAUCGGUCGUGGCAUGAGCCAAAACAUCUCCAAAAAAGGCCCCCAAACCGGACCCCUCCUCCUAUACAACCGCACAACAGCACGAGCAACAGCCCACGCCUCAAACCUCCCCAACACCAAAGUCGUAACAACCCUCGCCGAAGCCGUAACACAAUCCGACGUCAUCUUCACCUGUGUCGGCGAUGACGCAGCUCUAAACUCAAUCGUCACGGCAAUCCUCUCAGACCCCUCAAUCCCGCAAGACCUAUCAGACAAGACCUUCGUCGACUGCUCAACCGUGCACCCCGAUACAUCGCGCCAUACCGAAACAGCGUUCAACGCACGGGGAGCUGGGUUCGUCGCGUGUCCUGUAUUCGGGGCACCGAAUAUGGCGGAUGCGGGUCUACUCAUUGUCGUUCCGGCCGGGAAGCGAGCGGCGAUUGAGAAGGCGCGGCCGUUCUUCGACGGGGUCGUUGCUAAGAAGACGAUUGAUCUUUCUGCGGGGAAGGGAGGGGAUGUUGAUGUUGGACGGGCUUCUACGCUGAAAGUAUUGGGUAAUACGGUGAUUCUCAAUACUGUGGGUGUUCUUGCGGAGGCGCUUGUUGCUGCUGAGGCGUCUGGACUUGGGGUUGAGCCGUUGCGGGAAUGGUUGGGGAUCUUUGCACCGGGGCCGCUUUCUAGUUAUGCGGAGAGGAUGGUUGGUGGGGAUUAUUGUACUCGGGAGGAACCGUUGUUUGCGGUUGAUCUUGCUCGGAAGGAUCUAGGGCAUGCGUAUGGAAUUGCGAAGGAGGGAGGUCUGCGGAUGAAGAAUGUCGAAGUUAUGGAUGGACUUCUGGAGGUGGUUAAGGAGGAGAGGGGGGCUAAGGGAGAUGUUGCUGCUGUUUAUGGGGCUGUUAGAAAGGGAGCCGGGAUGGAAUUUGGAAAUCAAUAA